CGUCUUUAACUAAGCUAUGAUUUGUAGGCGAUUUAAAUGUAACAAUUAAAUAAUUAUGCGUAAUUCCCUUUUUAUAGUGCAUUUAGCAAUCCAUUGCUUUUAUUUAAUAACUUAAUAAAAAAACGCUACGUUUACUGUUGUUUUAACAUUUUCAUUUAACAUUAAAACAGCGGUCGCAGAUCGCGUACGUCCCCUUUAAGGCUAAGCCGCGAUACGUGAUUAUGACGCGCACUUCGCCGCCGCUCUCUGUUUUGACUCGCUGUAUGUGUGUCUGCGUAUGUCGCCUCCUCUCCCUCAAUAGUUUACUUCAUUUCCCCGCACUGCUCUCCUCCGCGGCUGGAAGCAGAAUGGCAGCGGCGGCGCCCAACCCGGAGGAUGCCGCCAGGAGCGGCGGCGGCGGCGGCGGCACGGGCACCGGCACCCCCAGCGCCCUUGGCGGAGACGGCGACGCGGAAGAGGCCGAGGACUUCUCCUCGUCGUCCCACUGCUCGGAGCUGUCUCGGCGGCAGAACGAGCAGAGGAAGCAGGGCAUGUUCUGCGACGUGACGCUGGCCUUCAGCAGCGGGGCGGCGACCGGCGGCGUCCAGACGUGCGAGUUUUCCGCGCACAGGUCGGUGCUGGCCGCGGCCACCGACUACUUCACCCCCCUGCUGGGAGGGCAGUUCUCCGAGUCCCUGUCUGGACGCGUGGAGAUGAAGGAGUGGAGCUCGGAGCUCGGGCCCGACCCGGAGACGGUGGAGAGCGUCAUCCAGUACAUGUACACGGGGGAGAUCCGCGUUAGCACCUGCAACGUGCACGAGGUCCUGGAGCUAGCCGACAGGUUCUUGCUGCUGCAGCUGAAGGACUUCUGUGGGGAGUUCCUGAAGAAGAAGCUGAGCCUGACCAACUGUGUGGCUGUGCACAGCCUGGCCCACAUGUACACCCUGGACCAGCUGGCGCUGCGGGCCGCCGACAUGAUCCGCCGCAACUUCCACAAGGUGAUCCAGGACGAGGAGUUCUACACGCUGCCCUUCCACCUGGUCCGCGAUUGGCUGUCCGACACGGAGAUCACGGUGGACUCCGAGGAGGUGUUGUUCGAGGCCGUGGUGAAGUGGGUGCAGAAGAACCCCGACGAGCGGAGCCGCUACUUUGAGGAGCUUUUCCGGCUUCUGAGGCUGCCCCAGAUCAAGCCCACCUACCUGACCUGGGUGGUGAAGAACGAGCGGCUGGUGGCGUCCAACGAGCCCUGUCUGCGCCUGGUGUCGGAGGCCGUCGAAGGCCACGCGAUCCGAUUCGAGAACCUCAAGUCGACCGAUAUGGAGCUCUGGUCCUCCCACAUGGCCUCCUUCCAGCCCCGCUUCGGCCAGAACAUGGACGUCAUCAUGGUAGUGGGUGGCGUGUCCGAGGGAGGGGACUACCUGAGCGAGUGUGUGGGCUACUUCAUUUACGAGGACCGCUGGGUCAACCUGCCUCACAUCCACAACCACCUGGACGGCCACGCCAUCGCCGCCACCGAGUCCCACGUCUACGUAGCCGGUUCUAUGGAGCCGGGCUUCGCAAAGACGGUGGAGCGUUAUAACCCUAAUCGCAACACUUGGGAGCAAGUGAGCAACCUGACCACACGCAAACACUCCUUCGGCCUCACGUGCAUCAAGGACAUCCUGUACAGCAUCGGCGGCCACGGGAACUUCAGCCCGGGUUUUAAGGACGUCAGCGUGUACGAGCCCGAGCACGACAAGUGGCACAACUUGGAGUCUGCCCCCAAAAUCCUGCGAGACGUGAAGGCAGUGAGUGUGGAGGACCGCUAUGUGUAUGUUACAGCACGCACGCCUGUGGACACGGACAACGAGGAUGGACUGAAGACGGUGACCACUCGCUACGACACGGAGAGCCGCCAGUGGCAAGAUGUGGAUUCCCUGCCUCUCAUCGACAACUACUGCGUCUUCCAGAUGGCGGUGGCGUCCACCAACUUCUACCACACGGCGUCCUGCUGCCCCAAGAGCUACGCCGUGCGCGACGAACUCGCCCGGCAGAAGAUCAGCGCCCGCAUCUCCGACGAGAUCCUGGAGAGCCUGCCGCCGGAGGUCACCAGCAUCGAGGGCGCCGCCAUCUGCCACUUCGACGACGACGUCUUCAUCAUCGGCGGCUGGAAGAACAGCGACGACGUGGACAAGCAGUACCGCAAGGAGGCGUACCGCUACUGCGCCGAGAGGAAGCGGUGGAUGCUGCUGCCGCCGAUGCCGCAGCCGCGCUGCCGCGCCACCGCCUGCCACGUCCGCGUCCCCUACCGCUUCCUGUACGGCUGCCAGCGCUACCCCAUGCCCCAGAACCUGGCCCGGCAGCGCGACCGCAUGCAGCAGAUGCAGCAGCUGCACCGGCGCACGCUCACCCUGCGCCGGCAGCUGCAGUCGCAGAUCGAGUGUUGAGCGACUGCGUGUUCGUCCGUGUAGUUCACAAGCCAGAUUCUGUGGCAGCCAUUGUCACACACACACACACCCCCCC